AUGUGCAGAGGAGAAGAAGAACAACAGCAGCAGCCACUGGUUCCUUGCUUGCACUGCCAACCACAAGAAUGCAUCAGAAUGGUUCAGCAUUUGAUAGAGAGGUGUUUGAUACUUCGCAUGAACAGAGAUGAAUGCGCCACAGCACUCUCCAAGCAUGCCUGCAUUCAUCCCACAGUCACACUCACUGUGUGGGAAGGAUUGCUGAAAGAGAAUAGAGACUUCUUCCGGACUUACUCUAGAAUUAUUUCUACGGAUGAUCAGAUCAUUAAUUAA